UAAAAACAUGAAACUUGAUUGAAUUUUAUAUUUAUUUCGACUCUUCCACCAGGUAAAAUAGUUUAAAUUUGGUGUAAAGGUUGCAGUUUGAAAUUUUUAACCAAGCAAUUAGUCAUAGAUUAUGAAAAUGGCCGGAUUGGAAUCAAUGGUUGUUGAGGAGGUUAGGCCGGUAGAGAAAUCAAUCGACAGAGAGAAGACAUGCCCACUUUUGUUACGUGUGUUCUGUUCAACUGGUCGGCACAAUUCUCCAGGCGACUAUGCUAGAGGCAAUGUACCCCAGAACGAGUUGCAAAUUUACACUUGGAUGGAUGCAACAUUGCGUGAACUCACAGGCUUGGUAAAAGAAGUGAAUCCUGAGACGCGACGUAAGGGAACGUAUUUUGAUUUUGCCAUUGUUUACCCAGACAUGAGAUCUCCAACAUAUCGCAUGAGAGAAAUUGGUGUAACAUGCUCUGGGCAGCGAGGUGGCGAUGAUAACAAAACUCUUUCUCAGGUCAAAUUUCAAAUUGGCAACUACCUUGACAUCUCUAUAACUCCACCUAAUCGAAUGCCACCUUUAAUGCGAAGGCCACAGCCAUACAUGAAUAACCGUCCAUAUUAACUUUUGAAUGUUUGUAAGUGUAAUAGAAAUAAAGCUGCAGUUUAUACUGUAUUUUA